ACUCUCUUAAAGAACUUUCAUCCUUUAAGGAAAGUCCUGCUGUUUCUCUUUGCCUCUCCAACAGCUUUUCACUUGGAAUUUUAGAGGUCAGGGUAGGCUGUCGAUUUGUAUCAAAACAAUAGUUUUUUUUUCUCUUUUCUUUUCAAAGCAGACAAGCUGAUGUCAUGGUCUAACCCUCUCUCUUUACAUAUGCUAAUUAUCAGAUUGCAUUAGCAGUUGGUAGCUUUGUCUGUAGGGGAGGAGGAAGAGUGUGGAUUAUAUGACAGCUGUAUGCAUUGCAGCUAACCGAUUCCCCCAACACAGGAAGAUUUCAAUCCAAAUAGGCAGAAUUCAACCCAGAACAGCAACUACUCAUUGCCUUUUAAUGUAAAGAUAAUCAACCAACUGAAGAAACAAGUUGAUUUCCAUAAAAAUGUAAUAGAUGCAAAUAUACUUACAUUCGGUAUUGCAGUUUGGAAUGUUGGAACGCCCAAAAUUAUUCAGUUUGCAGGCAUUAAUUUUGUGCCAGUGCAAGAAUAAUCAUGUAACAGAUAUGGCACCAGUCUUACGUGAAGACUAGGUGCCCUUUUUAAACUCUUUGGACAUGAAUGAUCCAAAUUUCCUCCAAGACGACAAAUUUAAUUCUAGUCGACCCUCACUGAAUUUUAUGGAACCUGGUAAUAACAUGCAGUCAGAUGAUUUUUUUGCAAGGAAAUUUAAGGCCUUAAAUGGUAAUAUGGGUCCUCCACCAUCUGGAAAAGCGGAUUCUCCUGGCCAAAAUAAUGGAACCCCUGCAAUGCCCAAGAUGGGUGUACGAGCACGUGUUUCAGAGUGGCCUCCUAAAAAAGAAAUGUGUAGUAAGGCAGCAUGGGAAAGUAGAGCACAAAGCAGCUAUGACAGCAUGGCGACAGUAAUAUCCAAUGGACAAGGUGACAAUUCUGAUAUACUUAAUGAAAAAGCCUUUGAUUUGGAGUUUGCAGAGACAAAAUACUCCAUUGGCGAUAUCUUUAGCCAUUCUCCCCACAGAGGACUACAUCCUAUAAGACAAAGAAGCAACAGUGAUGUUACCAUCAGUGAUAUUGAUACAGAUGAUGUACUUGAUCAAAAUGCAGUUAAUCCGAAUACCGGGGCAGCCUUGCACAGGGAGUAUGGAAGCACAUCUUCAAUAGAUAGACAAGGUUUAUCCGGAGAGAAUUUUUUUGCAAUGCUUAGGGGUUACAGAGUGGAAAAUAUUGAGCACAAGAACUUGGCACCUUUUUCAUUUUCUGAGGUGUUUCAUUGUGAUUCUACAGUCUCUCCUAGUUUGCAUGCAGCGGCUCAGAUAUCACGAGGUGAAUUUGUCAGGAUUUCUGGUUUAGAUUACAUAGAUGGUGCUUUGUUACUUGGGAGAGACCGAGACAAACUAUUUAAAAGGCGCUUAAAGACUGAAGCUGUUGAGCCCUCUUUAUUUAGAAAGUUAAGGGCUGUGAAAAGUGAGCAUGACUCUAUAAAGUUCUCUUUUGAUCUGGAUGAUGGAAGGUUUGAAAAAAGUUUACACCUCGGAACAUGCCAAAAAUGUUUUGCACAUUAUGAUGUUCAGAGCAUUCUUUUUAACAUAAGUGAAGCCAUGGCAACACGCACCAAUAUGGCAAAACGCAAAAACGUUACAACAGGGGCAUCUGCUGCUUCCCAGUCACCUGGAUCUGGUGGUCAAACUGGGAGUUGUGAAUCACCUUUGGGUAGUAAGGAAGACUUGAACCCUAAAGAUAAUCCUGAAGCUGAUGACGGCGAUGGAAAAAGUAAUGACAUUGUUUUGAGUUGUCCUUAUUUUAGAAAUGAGAUUGGUGGAGAAGGGGACAGGAGGAUUGCACUUUCAAGGGCCAACUCAUCCUCUUUACCAGCAGGUGAAAACUGUUCUUUUGAGUCUUCGCUCAGCUCCCAUUGCACUAAUGCUGGUGUCUCUGUGUUGGAAGUGCCAAGGGAGAUCCAGCCUGUGCACAGGGAAAAAGUGAAACGCUACAUCAUAGAGCACAUUGACCUUGGUGCAUACUAUUAUCGGAAGCACUUUUAUGGAAAAGAACAUCAAAACUAUUUUGGGAUAGAUGAAAACUUAGGACCAGUAGCUGCAAGUAUUCGCAGAGAGAAAAUCGAAGAUGGCAGAGAAAAGGAUACUUCUCAGUUUAAUUACCGUGUUGCUUUUCGAACAAGUGAGCUUACCACCCUCAGAGGAGCAAUUUUAGAGGAGGCUGUUCCUUCCACAGCCAGACACGGUUCGGCAAGGGGCCUGCCUCACAAAGAGGUUCUGGAAUAUGUGAUUCCGGAACUAAACAUUCAGUGCCUGCGGCAAGCAGUAAACUCACCCAAAGUACCUGAACAGCUAUUGAAGCUUGACGAACAAGGGCUGAGUUUUCAACACAAAGUUGGCAUCUUAUAUUGCAAAGCUGGCCAAAACACAGAAGAAGAAAUGUAUAAUAAUGAGACAGCGGGACCUGCUUUUGAAGAAUUCCUUGAUCUUUUGGGACAACGAGUGAGACUGAAGGGUUUCAGUAAAUACAGAGCUCAGUUAGAUAAUAAAACUGAUUCAACUGGAACACAUUCCCUUUACACAACAUACAAGGAUUACGAGCUUAUGUUCCAUGUGUCAACUAUGCUUCCUUAUAUGCCCAAUAACAGACAACAGCUGCUUAGGAAACGGCACAUCGGCAAUGACAUAGUUACUAUAGUCUUCCAAGAACCUGGAGCCCUUCCGUUUACCCCAAAAACAAUCAGAUCUCACUUUCAACAUGUAUUUGUAAUCGUUAAAGUUCACAAUCCAUGCACAGAAAGUGUAUGCUAUAGUGUCGGCAUUUCAAGGUCAAAAGAUGUCCCAUCAUUUGGUCCACCUAUCCCCAAAGGAGUGACGUUCCCAAAAUCCGCUGUUUUUAGGGAUUUUCUUCUUGCCAAAGUAAUAAAUGCAGAAAACGCAGCGCACAAAUCAGAAAAAUUCAGAGCCAUGGCUACUAGAACCCGGCAAGAAUAUUUAAAGGAUCUAGCAGAAAACUUUGUUACAACUGCCACAGUAGAUAGUGCUGUAAAAUUCAGUUUCAUCACCCUUGGAGCAAAAAAGAAAGAGAAGGUGAAACCCAAAAGAGAUGCCCAUUUGUACAGCGUUGGUGCCAUUGUUUGGAAUGUUGUUGCACGGGACUUUGGUCUUUCUGCCGACAUUGACUGUCUACUUGGAAUAUCCAAUGAAUUUGUGAUCCUAGUGGAGAAAGAUUCCAAAAAUGUAUUAUUUAACUGCUCCUGCAGGGAUGUUAUUGGCUGGACAUCUGGAUUAAAGACCAUCAAAAUAUUCUAUGAAAGGGGGGAGUGUAUUCUUCUGUCUUCUAUGGAUAACUGUGUUGAAGAUGUCCGAGAUAUUGUUCGAAGACUAGAACUUGUCAGCAGAGGCUGUGAGACAGUAGAAAAGACCCUUCGACGGAAUGGAUUGGGCCAGCUUGGAUUCCAUGUCAACUUUGAAGGAAUUGUAGCCGAUGUGGAGCCCUAUGGUUUUGCUUGGAAGGCGGGCUUAAGGCAAGGAAGCCGAUUGGUCGAGAUAUGCAAAGUAGCUGUAGCAACGUUGACUCAUGAGCAGAUGAUUGAUCUCCUCCGCACUUCAACAACUGUAACGGUGGUGAUUAUACAGCCAUAUGAGGAUGGGUCACCUAGAAGGGGCUGUUCGGAGCUGUGCAGAAUCCCAAUGGUAGAAUAUAAGCUUGACAGCGAAGGAACUCCUUGUGAAUACAAAACUCCAUUCAGGCGCAAUACCACAUGGCACAGAGUGCAAACUCCUGUUGGGCAGCCUAUUUCACGGGCUUCUCCAAUUUUAGGAACAUCUGAGAGGUUACCAUGCCAGCAGCUUCUACAGCAGUCUCAAGCGGCUAUCCCACGCAGCACAUCUUUUGACCGGAAAUUGCCAGAUGGUGCAAGUCAACAUUACAGAAGUUCACCGAGCAACCAGUCGUCAUCAAGUGACCCGGGACCCAGCGGGAGUACCCACUGGAGGCAGCAUAUGGGAUAUGAGGGAUGCCCAUCUCCUCUUCUGCAUGAAAAUCCAGUUCCAGUACCUAUGGAAUGUGAUGUAAUUAGAGAUCGUGAAGAAAGUUUAGAUGGUAUCAAACAUUCUGAGACAAAGUGGCAUGUUUCAUCUACAAAAAUGUUGAGUUCCUACAAGGAAAGAGGUCUGCAAAAAGAAAGCAGUGGCAAGAUCUCUCCAAAUAAGUACUCUCAUAUUGGCGAUAAGAGUUGCUCAAGCCAUUCCAGCAGUAACACGCUAUCAAGUAAUGCGUCAAGUAACAGUGAUGAGAAGCAUUUUGGUUCUGGAGACCUAAUGGACCCCGAGCUGCUUGGAUUGACGUAUAUUAAGGGAGCCUCAACAGACAGUGGCAUUGACACGGCACCUUGCAGUUUGCCUACUCAAGUCAUAACUCCUUCACAUCUUACCGGGGGCAGAUCCAUGUCACACAGCAGGGCAGAACAAUUGGUGCAAUGGAAUAACUCUUUAGAAGGUUCAGGGCCAGAAGAUGGACAUUCAAAUUUAUAUGCAGUUCACAGCUAUGCAUCCAGCCAUGCAGCAGAUGGGAGUAUGGGAGAUCUUAGUGAAUUAUCAUCACAUUCCAGUGGUUCACAUCAUUCAGGCAGUCCUUCUGCUCUUUGCCCUAAACCUAAUGGAACUUUGGACACUUCUAAAGUCUAUAUAGUUUCACAUGCCAGUGGGCAUCAGACUUCUGGAUCUGCAUCCAAAUCCUUUCAAAGACAAGGAGCUAUAAGCAAAUAUGUCAUUGGCUGGAAAAAAUCUGAAGACAGCCCACCUCCUGAAGAAUGUGAAAUUGCAGAAUGUCAAGAUUUAUAUAGUGAAGGAGCCAUAUCUUCAUCAAAUCAGCUGCAGGAUUCAGUGAUGGACACAGAAGCUGAGAACCAACAUGUCAUGUCAAAAGAUGAAUUUAUGAAGAUGAUGAUGCCUGACAGUCCCAUUGGAGAUGAAGGAAGACGAAAGUUUUCUAUUUACGGGAGUCUGUCUCCAAGAAGAUCCCUUUAUCGAACACUUUCUGAUGAGAGUGUAUGUAGUAAUCGCAGAGGAUCUUCCUACGCCAGUUCACGCAGUUCAAUCCUGGAUCAGGCUUUGCCAAAUGACAUCCUGUUUAGCACAACCCCACCGUACCAUAGCACACUUCCUGCCCGAACACACUUGACCCCUGGAAUGGGAAAUCUACGAAAUGAUUGUUGGUUCUCUGAUGGGUCCCUAUCAGAUAAGUCAAAGUUUAAUGAUCCAGGUCUGAUGCCUCUGCCAGAUACAGCAACAGCUUUAAACUGGUCUCAUUUGGUUGAUGCUGCUAGAGCCUUUGAAGAACUGUCUUUUGCACUGUUUAUGGGAGGUCUUGACUCAGAGGAGGAUCUUGGUCCUAUCUAUCAUCCCUCGUACUAUAUAGAUCAACGUGUAGCAUCUUUUUGCACCUUGAAUGACAUGCAGCAAGAACAGGGAUUUAAAGUGUCCCAGGAGUUAUCUAUGUGCUCCGGCUCAGCAAAUGGAAAAGACUUCACUGAUCCUGCCGGGCCAGACACUUCCUCCACAUUGACAGGCAAAGUGAACCAACUAGAAGUUAUUCUCAUGCAACUGCAAACUGACCUGUUGAAGGAAAAAGAAGACAAGGCAAUGCUGCAGGCCGAAGUUCACCACUUGCGACAACAUAAUAUAAGGCUUCAAGAAGAGUCUCAGACAGCCUCAGCACAACUGAGAAAAUUCACAGAAUGGUUUUUCAGUUCGGCGGACAAGAAAUCUUAAUUAUCGUCCAACAACACAAAUUAGCAAAGGCUUUGCAGAACUGUUAUAGCAUAAUGUGGCAAUAUCCCCCAUAGAUGUGUGAUUUAUUUCUACCACUUUUUGUUCAUGUCAAUAUUCAGACAGUGACGAAGGGUCGUAUAAUCAUCUUUGUAAAUGUUCUUUAAUCUUUCAUAAGCAGUGGGUACUUGUCAGCGUUAAAGAUGAAUGUAAUAGUUUCAUAUAGAAUUCUGUUUGAUUACAUCUCUGUUUAGGGAGUAUACAAAAUUUCCUUUGUGAAUAAAUUGAAAUAUAGAUUGAAUAUAUUGCAUAUGUGUACAAAUAUUCAACUAGCCAAACAUACGUCAAAUGGUGCUCUAUUUUUUCUAUGUACAGUAGCUUAAUUUUCACAAAUGCAUUGUCAGAGCAAUAAGAAUGAAUAUACAAUUUGUAGACAAAGACUUUGUUAAAAACAUAUUAGAAGAAAUGUGAUUGAUAUGUUUGAUACAGUUGUAUUGGAAGUUAUUUAUUUGCAGGAAGAAAUGGUGCCUGAAUAUAUAAAUAGUGUCUGUAAUAUUACAAUUUUUUAUGUUAAGUACAGCCUUGUAAAAAAAAUGGGGUGGCCCACUCUACAUUUAAUUACAAUGUACAGUAGAUGUGAAGUUUGCAUAAUAAAAAAAAAACACACACACACAAAAUAAACUAAAUUAAUUAAUUUACUACCUGUAUUAGGAUGCCUAAUGGUUGCAAACUAAUUUCUUGUAAAUGCAAUUUUGUUGUAUAUAAGCUUGUAUUUAACCAUUAUUUUAAAUUAUUUAAUCCUAAAAUUAUAAUUUUGUAAAUGUUUUUGUGUUAUCUGCACUAAACACGUUCAGUGAGUGGACUGAGCCACAGUAUCUCUGCCUUGGCAAGAUUGUCAUAAAAAUGAAUAAAUAUAGAAAAACUUA